AAGAGGUGACCCGGCAGGCGGGACAGGACUGAGCGGCUGGGCGGAGCACGUGAUGCUUCCAGCCUGCCUACCCGACCCUCCCGGUGCCUGAGGCUGAAAUCGACAUUGCCCGUGGCAGGAAAAUGAGCUUGUCAGCUUCCGCCUCGCUUGGACCCUCAACCCCAAGGAGCAGGGGAUUUUGGUAACAUUUUAACUUUAUAUGUCAGGAUCUGAAAGCGAAAGGCGCUCGGAGCCAGUAAUAAUUUGGUUUUCUCCUGUGGGCUGUUUCUUUGUCGUAAUUCUUCGGGGAAAGCCAGGCGAGCUGCACACGUCGAGCAUCACUCGUUCCUCGCCGCCCGGGACUUCCAGGGUCUUUCCCCGGACCCCGCACCGACCUCCCGCCUCGCCCCGAGGCGUCACGUGGCAGCGUGGGGCCCCGCUGAAGAAAAGAUGCUCUAGGAUGUUGUCCAGGUGGGCGGCCGGGCGGCGCGAUGCAGCACUGCAGGUGUAACUAGCAUGGUCAAUGCAGGCGCCAUGAGUGGCUCUGGAAACCUGAUGGAUUUCCUCGAUGAGCCGUUCCCUGAUGUGGGGACGUAUGAAGACUUCCACACCAUUGACUGGCUAAGGGAAAAGUCACGGGACACCGACAGACACAGGAAGAUAACCAGCAAAAGCAAGGAGUCCGUGUGGGAGUUCAUCAAGAGUUUGCUGGAUGCCUGGUCAGGAUGGGUGGUGAUGCUGCUCAUUGGACUGCUGGCAGGCACUCUGGCUGGGGUCAUUGAUCUCGCUGUUGACUGGAUGACAGAUCUGAAGGAGGGGGUCUGCCUGUCUGCCUUCUGGUACAGCCAUGAACAGUGCUGCUGGACUUCCAAUGAGACCACUUUUGAGGACAGGGACAAGUGUCCCCUAUGGCAGAAAUGGUCGGAGCUGCUGGUGAAUCAAUCAGAGGGUGCCAGUGCUUAUAUUCUGAAUUACUUAAUGUACAUCCUGUGGGCGCUGCUGUUUGCAUUUUUGGCCGUCUCCCUGGUGCGUGUAUUUGCGCCAUAUGCCUGUGGCUCUGGUAUACCAGAGAUAAAGACUAUUUUGAGUGGCUUCAUCAUCAGGGGCUACUUGGGGAAGUGGACUCUGCUAAUCAAGACGGUCACCCUGGUGCUAGUAGUGUCCUCUGGCCUCAGCCUUGGGAAAGAAGGGCCAUUGGUGCACGUAGCCUGUUGCUGUGGCAACUUCUUCAGCAGCCUUUUCUCCAAGUACAGCAAGAAUGAGGGCAAGAGGCGCGAGGUGCUUUCAGCUGCAGCAGCUGCUGGAGUCUCUGUUGCCUUUGGUGCGCCGAUUGGCGGUGUGCUUUUCAGUCUAGAAGAGGUCAGUUACUACUUUCCCUUGAAGACCUUGUGGAGGUCAUUUUUCGCAGCCCUAGUGGCAGCCUUCACACUUCGAUCCAUCAAUCCCUUUGGAAAUAGCCGCCUUGUUCUCUUCUACGUGGAAUAUCAUACGCCCUGGUACAUGGCUGAACUCUUCCCCUUCAUCCUGCUUGGGGUCUUUGGGGGCUUGUGGGGAACUCUCUUUAUCCGCUGCAACAUUGCGUGGUGCAGGAGGCGUAAGACCACCAGGCUGGGGAAAUACCCAGUGCUGGAGGUCAUAGUGGUAACUGCCAUCACUGCCAUCAUCGCCUACCCCAAUCCCUACACACGCCAGAGCACCAGUGAGCUCAUUUCUGAGCUGUUCAAUGACUGUGGGGCCCUGGAGUCUUCCCAGCUCUGUGACUACAUCAACGAUCCCAACAUGACCCGGCCUGUGGAUGACAUUCCAGACCGGCCAGCCGGGGUCGGGGUUUACAGGGCCAUGUGGCAGCUGGCCCUCGCACUGAUCUUCAAAAUCGUUGUUACCAUAUUUACCUUUGGCAUGAAGAUCCCGUCGGGCCUCUUUAUCCCCAGCAUGGCUGUGGGAGCAAUGGCAGGCAGGAUGGUAGGAAUUGGCGUGGAGCAGCUGGCCUACCAUCACCACGACUGGAUUAUCUUCAGGAACUGGUGCAGACCUGGGGCAGACUGUGUCACACCAGGACUUUACGCUAUGGUGGGAGCUGCAGCCUGCCUAGGUGGAGUUACCAGGAUGACAGUGUCAUUGGUGGUCAUCAUGUUUGAAUUAACGGGUGGUCUGGAGUACAUCGUGCCCCUGAUGGCGGCAGCAGUGACCAGCAAGUGGGUAGCAGAUGCCUUUGGGAAAGAAGGCAUCUAUGAGGCCCACAUCCACUUAAACGGGUACCCAUUUCUCGACGUGAAGGACGAGUUCACACACCGAACGCUGGCCACCGACGUCAUGAGGCCCCGGCGGGGAGAGCCACCUCUGUCGGUGCUCACCCAGGACAGCAUGACAGUUGAAGAUGUGGAAACGCUCAUCAAGGAGACUGACUACAACGGCUUCCCCGUGGUGGUCUCCAGAGACUCGGAGCGCCUCAUUGGGUUUGCCCAGAGGAGGGAGCUGAUCCUUGCAAUAAAGAAUGCCAGGCAGAGGCAGGAGGGCAUCGUGAGCAAUUCCAUCAUGUACUUCACAGAGGAGCCCCCUGAACUGCCAGCCAACAGCCCGCACCCCCUGAAGCUGCGGCGCAUCCUGAACCUCAGCCCUUUCACAGUCACGGACCACACCCCCAUGGAGACAGUGGUGGACAUCUUCCGGAAACUGGGGCUCCGGCAGUGCCUGGUGACACGGAGUGGGAGACUUCUUGGCAUCAUCACGAAAAAGGAUGUUCUGAGACAUAUGGCCCAGAUGGCAAACCAGGACCCCGAAUCCAUCAUGUUUAAUUAGCAACAAGGUGGCAGUUGUUUUAAGAAAAACACUGACUGUGUCAUUUGAAAAGAAAUAAACAAAUGAUGCAUCAUUAUCCCAAUGAAAAAUCAUGCACUGAGGACAGCAGAAACAAAAGCUGUGUUUGAAAGGAGGGGGAGAAGGAUGAAACCUUUUCUAAAAAAACAAAGACAAAAGCAUCCAUGAGUAGGCAUUUUAUAGCUUUAACCCCGUAUGAGUUUCAAACUGUGUUUCCUAAUGAGUUCCUAACUGCUGUGGGGCUUGUGGGUGGGAGUAAGUGAUGUGGUCUGUAUGAGGAUGCGGAGCAUGAAUGCCCCGUUGAAAAAACUCUUACCCCUUCUGCUCAAGGCUGAUGUUUGUAACUUAGGAACACGUGUGAAGCUUUGAGCACAAAAGGCAAAGGGGUGUUGGUGUUCAGCAUCCUUAUUUAUUAGUUCCUGAAGUCUUGCUGCUGUGUUACUGAAUCAUACUAAAGGUAUUUACACUUGUUUUGUUGGAAAAGAAAAAGAAAUUGAAUUUGAACACAGUGAAAGCUGUAAAUAUCCCAGAGGGUCUGAUCAUGACCAUCCCAUUUCUUCCCCCUGUUCUUAGCCUCUUACUUGCCUUAUCUAUCAGCAUCUGAACCAAUAUCAGGGCUCCUGGCAUGAUAAGUGUGAAGAAAGCAUUCUCCCAUCCAAGACCAGCAUCUUGGGACUGCAGGAUGAAUUACUGGAGCAUGUAGUACUGUGUCAUGUCACCUCCUGUACAAAGGAGCACGUCCUUAUUUUGAGGGUGUACACACCUGAUCAUUGAUUUGCAUCCUCAUUCCAUUUGCUUCGUUUAUUUAUUGCUGUUGCCUGUGCAUUCUUAAGUAUUGAUUAGCUCGGCACUUCCCUGGGCCAUACCUGCAUGCCCCCGCCUGCCAGAAGCAUGCUUUAAUUUCCAAGUUGCAUAUUCAAGAGUCAGAACAGGCUACCCAGUGUUACUACUUACUUUUCCUCUCAGGUCUCACCAGAUACUGCUGCAGAGAGGGUGAGGCACAUGAGUUCUCAGUGGGAACUCCUCCAGAUGGAUUGCAAGGGAAAUACUAAAUUGAUUCUCUAUAUGUUUCAUUCUCUUCUCUGUAGGAUGCAAAAUGUCCUGUUUUAAUGCAUAAGUGUGCACUUUGAUACUAGCAGUCAUCGCACAGGAGGACAGCAUUAACUUUUAUACAGCCAAA